AUGGGGACCCCGUGGAUUGCUUUGGGUGAUUUUAAUCAGGUCCUCUAUUAUUCAGAACAUUCAACCGCGGGCGCAUACUACUCCUCUCGUGGAAUGCGUGAUUUUCUCAAUUGUAUCGAAGCCUCCGCUCUUUCAGACCUUCCCUUUUGUGGUAACACGUUCACCUGGUCAAAUAAGCAAGGUUCAACAGUUGUCUCUAAGAAACUGGAUAGAAUUCUAGUCAAUGAUGACUGGCUCUUUAGGUUUCCAAAUUCUAUUGGAGUGUUUGGCGAUCCGGGAAUUUCUGACCACGCCCCUUCCUGUGUUUUCUUGGAUUCUCAUAAACCAAAAGUUAAGCGGCCGUUCAAGUUCUUUUCCAUGCUCAAUGACCACCCGGACGGUUGGACUCUUGUGAAUGAAUGUUGGAAUUCUCUUCAAUUUGAGGGUACUAUGAUGCUAAAGGUUUCCAAGAAGUUAAAGACAAUGAAGAGUAUUAUCCGCUCUUUCAGUCGCGAGAAUUUCUCUGGCCUUGAAAUGAGAGUUAAAGAAUCUUUUGAGGUUCUUCUCGCCUUUCAACACGUUCUGCUUAAUGCUCCUACUGCCCUCGCAGCCCAAGAAGAGAGGAAAGCUUUCGCGCGUUGGUCUGAGCUUGCCAAAGCGAAGGACUCUUUCCUUCUCCAGCGAUCCCAUGUUAACUGUGGCUUUUAUAAAAACUUGUUGGGAGUAGAAGCUCUCGACACGACGGUUUCUCUGGAGGAAAUUGGCCAUCUGGUUCAGUACAGAUGCCCAAGUGUCACCAUCACCGAGCUGGCUACCCCGUACACUCGACUUGACAUCCAAAAAGCUUUCUUUGAUCUGCCUAAAAACAAGUCUCCGGGUCCCGAUGGCUACCCUGCAGAAUUUUUCACAGCACAGUGGAGAUCAGUUAGACCUCAUGUUAUCGAUUCUGUGGCAGAAUUCUUUGAAUCAGGAAACCUACAGCAGCAGUGGAAUGCAACUAUACUGACCCUCAUUCCCAAGAAGCAAAAUGCAGUCAAAAUUGGCGAUUUCAGACCAAUCUCUUGCUGCAACACAGUAUAUAAAGUCAUUGCUAAGCUCCUAACCAAUCGUUUGAAAAAGGUUCUCCCCUCUGUCAUUUCAAACACUCAAUCCGCUUUCAUCCCAGGUCGUCUGCUUGUCGAGAAUGUACUGCUGGCUACUGAACUUGUGCAGGGAUAUAACUGGAAGAAAAUAUCUAAGAGAUCAAUGCUCAAAGUAGACUUGAAAAAGACCUUCGAUUCUCUUAGAUGGACCUUCAUCUCUCGAUUCUGA